AUGCUACUCGUUGACAAUUGGGAAUACACUCAAACGACCUCAUCAACCUUUCCCGACCUAAAAGAAGAAUGGAAGAAAUGCUCCAAAUUCCCAACUUGUAUCCAUGUGGAAUUGAGGGAAGAAGGAAAGAUACUUGAUCCUUUCAAAGAUCUCAACGAGUGGGAUGUACAAUGGAUAGGAGAAGCAGAUUGGAAGUUUCGUACUACUUUCUCGGUCUCAUCUACACAAUUGGAAGAAGAUCAUGCGGAUUUGGUAUUUGAAGGUUUGGAUACUUAUUGUGAUAUAUAUUUGAACGACCAGAAAAUUGGGUUUACAGAUAAUAUGUUCAUCCCUCAUCGUUUUUCAUGUCCCAACCUCCAUGAAGGGGAGAACGAAUUGUUACUCCAUUUCCGAUCACCAUGGUUGGAAGCGAAAGAUCGUGAGAAGGCUAAUGGGGGAUCAUCAAAAUGGAAUGGCGAUUCUUGUCGAUUACACUCACGUAAAGCCCAGUAUCACUGGGGAUGGGAUUGGGGUCCCAAACUUUUAACAACUGGACCAUGGAGAUCUAUCAAGCUGGAAACUCAUUCAUAUCGACUGGAAGAAGUGAAAGUAGUUGCAGAUCUCAUAGGACCACAAUACAACGUUGCCACUCUCUCCGCAAAAGCUACAGUAUCCCCUUCACUCCCUUCCACCUCGAGUCAUCGUAUAGGAUACACUCUUCGUACUCUCGAUAAGAAGGUCAUCAAGGACGAUACUCUGCUGGUCGAUGAGGAGUUGAAAUGGAAAUUCAGCAAUGACGAGGUGGAAGCGUGGUGGCCUAUCAAUUACGGUUCUCAGACAUUGUAUGAACUUGAGACAAAGCUGUUAAGCAAGGAUAAUGAGGUUCUGGCUCAGAAAAUUACUAGAGUGGGAUUCAGAUAUGUGAAAUUGGUUCAAGAACCUUUGGAAAAUGAAGAGGGGAGUUCAUUCUUGUUUGAGGUGAACGGUGUGAGGAUAUUCUGUGGAGGGAGUAAUUGGAUACCUGCCGAUAGCUUCCUAACGGAGAUGACGAAGGAGAGGUAUUAUGCUUGGACCAAGAUGAUGGUCGAUGGAAACCAGAACAUGCUUCGAGUAUGGGGAGGUGGAGUUUAUGAGGAUCAAGCACUGUACGAUGCGUGUGACGAAUUGGGUGUUUUGGUAUGGCAGGACUUCAUGUUCGCUUGUGGACUUCAGUAUCCUUCUACACCCUCUUUCAAUGCCAAUGUCAAACGUGAAGCCGAGGCCGUUGUCAAACGUCUUCGCGAUCAUCCGAGCGUGGUGAUGUUCGCUGGAAACAACGAGGAUUAUCUACUUGCAGAAGCUGAGGGUGUAAUCGAUUAUAAAGAUGAGUCUGGAGAUUAUAUGAAUUCCAAGUUCCCUGCUCGGCACAUCUAUGAAAUCUUAUUACCUGAGGUAGUCAAAGCACAUUCGAGUAUUUUUUAUUGGCGUUCUUCCCCUUACGGAGGCAAAAACACUAGAGAUCAAACUGUUGGGGACAUACAUCAAUGGGACGUCUGGCAUGGGACUCAAGAACCUUGGAGCAACUGGGAUAAAUUAGCAGGUCGUUUUAUUUCCGAAUUCGGGAUGGAGGGCUAUCCCGAUUUACGGACCAUCAAACAAUGGUCAGAUGACAAAUCUCAAUUGUUCCCACAAUCAAGAAUAUCAGUCCAACAUAACAAGGCGACUGGAUUUGAGAGGAGACUCGAACUUUAUCUCAUGGAGAAUUUCCGACAUGCUUUCGACAUGCCCAGUUAUGUGUAUUAUACACAAUUGAUGCAGGCUGAAUGUCUCGGUGCUGCUUAUCGGACUUGGCGUCGAAGGUGGAGAGGAAAAGGUAGAGAGUACACCGCGGGUGCGUUGGUCUGGCAGCUGAAUGACUGUUGGCCAUGUGUCUCAUGGGCUAUCGUCGACUACUACCUUCGACCCAAACCAGCAUACUUCGCCAUCAAGCGCGAACUUCAGGCGUACACAAUAGGAAUGUCAAGAUCAGAUAUCGAAGUUCCUCGGGAUCCAACGACCGAUGCUUUCUUGACUAUCCGAUCUCAGGUCGAAUUGUGGGGUUGUAAUUCUACUCUUUCCCCCAAACCCGUUCACGUGGAACUAUCAGCUUUCGAUUUGAAUUCCGGACCCGUGGCCAAAAUAUCUUGGGAUAUCACUCUCCUUCCUAAUAGUUCGACCGAGAUAUGGACUGGUGAAAUCCCAGGUCAACCAGUAAGAACCUCAAGAGCGCAAAUUCCUCUUCCUAUCGUUCUCCACGCGACCAUCCAAGAUGAGACUGGUAUCAUAGCGAGAUACUCGUAUUGGCCCGAACCUUAUAAAUAUCUUUCUUUCCCUGAUCCAAUAUUGGAAGUUCGAGUGGAAGGUGAGAAGGUAAAUGUGAAAUGUGAGAAACCGGUCAAAGGGUUGAUCUUCGAUGUGAAUGGGGAAGAAGUGAGAUGGAGUGAUCAAGCUUUAGAUGUUUUCCCAGGUGAUGAAAGGGUGAUUUGCGCUACUGGUUUGAAUGGAAGGGAAGUAAAAGUUAGAUAUUUGGGUGAUGGAUCUGCUUGAUGCAUCUCUUGCCUCCUGGG